GAGAAGGAUUGUGACAUGGACUCUAAACGUGACCGCAUUUGCGUCUCAAGCCAGGAAUAUGACGCCCACAGCUCAUUGCUCCUUCCAGGCUCGCAGAGUGCACCACUUCCCUCCCCUGCCCAGACCUGGGGGCUCCAACACCCAAAGCCUAGGAGCCCAGGCUCCGGCCAUUCUUCUGACCUGCCGUACAGCAUGGCAGCCCCCAAAGGCGUGGCCCAGGGCACAGAUAGACGUACAACAUGGCCGCCUACAGGGAGCACACCGCACGCCCUCCCGCCCGGCCACCGGAAGUUUCCAUUUGAAAGCCAGGCGGCAGACCGGGUUGCUGGUGCGGCAGUUACUGCGGAGCAGCUUUUGAACCAGAGCGACGAGGGCUGCGAGGCCCAGCCUUGCCGCCUCGUUACGAUGACCAGCGUGGUUAAGACAGUGUACACCCUGCAGCCCCCCGCUGUGCAGAGCGGCGGCCUGCCGGCAGACACACAAACUCGAGCCCCUUCUAAGAGCCUCUUACCAGUGAAGUCCAAAGAAGUGGAUGUUUCCAGGCUUCAUUCAGGAGGUGCAGAGAACGAUGUUACAAAAAUCAUCAAACCAAAACGAGAGAACGGGCAGGUGAAAGCUGCAGACACUGCCUUUAGGAGGAACAUCAGAAAAAGCUACAAGCCACUGAGCAAGCAGAAAUCAGAGGAAGAGCUCAAGGAUAAGAACCAGCUCUUAGAGGCCGUCAACAAGCAGCUGCACCAGAAGUUGACUGAAACUCAGGGAGAACUGAAGGACCUGACCCAAAAGGUGGAGCUGCUGGAGAAGUUUCAGGAUAACUGUUUGGCAAUUUUGGAGAGCAAGGGCCUCAACCCAGUUUUAGGCAGUGAGACCCUGGCGUCACGGCAAGAAGCCACCACAGAUCACACGGACUCUAUGUUGCUACUGGAAACUUUGCAAGAUGAGCUGAAGCUUUUUAAUGAAACAGCCAAAAAACAGAUGGAGGAGUUACAGGCCUUAAAAGUAAAGUUGAAGAUGAAAGAAGAAGAGCGGGCCCGGUUCCUAGAGCAGCAGACAUUAUGUAACAGUCAAGUGCAUGAUUUUACAGCAGCCCUUGAGGAAAUGGAGCAGCUAUUGGAAAUGUGAUAAAAAGCAAGUGACCAGCCGGCUCCCUCUUGGGGUUAAACUCUCAGAGGAAGCCACUUAGGACAUCUGCUUCUUGGCCAUGACCUUCUAGGACUCACCAUCCCCAGAAUGAAAACAGUUUCUGCAGUAGGAUUAAGGACAGUUGAUGCCGGAAUGGCGGUUCCUCCUUAAACAAGUGUUCCCAGCCUUUCAGAUUGGUCGGCUCUCCUGAACCUCACAUGCACAUAACUGAGGCCUACGAAGAGGGGGUGCCUGGAAGCUUGGAUCAACCUUCUACGCAACAAAGCGGCAAGCCAUUAGAAUCAGACCAAAUCAGUCAUAGUCAGAGGAUCCCAAAGGUAACAUUCAGAUGUGUAGGAAGAAAGCCUUAAUUGUACAGCGGAGCACAGAUGCUCCACAGGAGACAUCACUGAGAAGCCAUGCUAGACUUUCUAACUUGGAACACAUUCUGUCUCAUCCCGGUUGGGCUCUAUACCUCAUUGUAAAUCAAUGAACUUGAAGUUACUUAAGAUGGCUUAAUAAAUGGGGGUGAAGGUAUAGAUAGCAAUAACACCUACCUGAAACCGUACACCUUGGAGCUUUUAAUCUAAAUCACUUCCGUUUUUUGGGUUUGGUUUUGGUGAUUUUUACGAAGUGCUACUUUUAAAAUAAAUAAUUCUAUAACUGUCCGGACUACACACUGAGAAAUGGAAAUAGCCUUUUAACUUAAGUGUGUCCACUGAACUCUCUUGAGCUAAUCUAGUUAACACAGUCAAGACACUGAUUUAACCCAGAAUAUUUUUCUUCUACUUAAGUGCCCUGUGGCUAGCCCUGCCGUCUUCCAGGAGCAGUAGCCUUCUGCGGGUGUGCCCUUUUAGAGCAGUGGGUGCCAGACUCCAUCCACCAGGCAUGUGUCACUAGCUGCCUGUGUCUUCCCUAUAUUCUUAAGCACGGUCACGGACUGCUGUUUGCACAGCCAGUCCUGGACCUGGCCCCGUGGAUCCUUAGUCAGCUGAAGUCCGUGGCAGGCUUCCCUGCUGGUUUACUAAAGGCACAGCUAUUUUCAUUUCUUAGUUGAUCGAGGCAGACUUUGGCUUUGGCUGUCUUCCUUUUUUUUUUUUUUUAACGUGUAUUUACUUUUUUUUAAUGUUAAUUUCAUUUUUGAGAUAGAGCGUGAGUAGGGGAGGGACAGACAGAGAGAGGGAGAGCAAGAAUUGAAGCAGGCUCCAGGCUCUGAGCUGUUAGCACAGAGUCCUAUGUGGGGCUUGAACCCAUGAACCAUGAGAUCAUGACCUGAAUGAAGCCGAACACUAACCAACUGAGCCGCCCACGCCUCCCGGCUAUCUUCCAUUUUUUUCCUGCAUCUCCCAAUUUCUUCACCAAACUCCCAUCUACUCUUGAGCAUUGAGUCUGCCACCCAAUCAGAGCAAGUAACACCUCCACCCUAACUUUCAGGGAUGGCUAAAUUUCUUUGCCUUCAUACAAAAACAUUCACACAGUUGGUUAUGUCCCAAAAAUUAUGAAGGGGAAAUCCAGUUACAUAAUUCUCACCAGUGAUAAGGACUGAAUAUUCUACCCAUUUUCAAAAUGUUGACAGUUUAAAAGAUUGUUUAUCCAAAUAAUUUGAAAUUGGCAUUUCUGGCCAAAAAAAAAAAAAGUUCUACUUCUUGGAAGGAGAGGAGGGGAAACUCAGCUGUGGGAUCCUUACCUCCUUGUCGGGCCUCCCUAGUUAACACCUAGGAAUGUAACUCAGUGGCUGUUACUCAUCUUUCCCAGCACAGAAACCCCAUUUACUCGUAGCUUGGGCUCCCAAGGGGCCUUCACCUCACUGUUCUUUGCACUCCCAAAUGGCGUUUCUGCACUCUUGCCUUUGCCCGUUCCCUCCAACUUCUGCUCCAUCUGCCUUUUGUACAUGUGGAGGUGUUCUGGGUGUUUAAUCCGAUCUGGAGCCUGGAUGAAUUCAUAUAUGUUAUAUUAACUCAGCAAAUAGUGAUCUGUACCCUCCACUUUGCUGGAUGCUAUAGGAAACUUUAACACAGCAUGGCAUUCUUAACCUCAAAGAUGUUUGUAAUCUAUUUGGUAAGACAACGUGCUGGUGACAUGUAAGUUAAAUAACAAGCAGCAAUACUUUACUAACAGGGUUGUGUGAUAGAGUUGUGUACUCUAAUAGUUAACCCUGGGCUAAUUUGGUGGAAGAAGGCUUGAUGGAGGAGGUAGAACAAAGAUUGAAGGAAGAGUAACAUUUGGAGAGGCUAGCUAGAAAGUUAAGGACCUUCCAGGUUGGUGAACACGUGGAGGUCUGGGGAGAGUAGCAAGCUUAGGCCAUGGGAGCCUCACUUCCUUUCCCCACUCUUUGCCCUAUGCCCUAUGCAUCUCUUCUGCCUGGCUGUUCCUGAGUUCCAGCCUUGUGUGGUAACCCAAUCAUCUAGUAAAUAAAAUGUUUCUCUGAGUCUGUGA